GAUAUUGACCUUCUGGAGGAACACAAACAUGAGCUUGAGCGUAUGGCCCGGGCCGACCGCUUCCUGUUUGAGAUGAGCAGAAUCGACCACUAUCAACAGAGGCUCCAGUCUCUUUUCUUCAAGAAGAAGUUCGCCGAGCGUCUGGCCGAGACGAAGCCCAAAGUUGAAGCUAUUCUGUGCGCGUCGCGUGAGGUGAUGAAAAGCAAGCGUCUGACACAGGUUCUGGAAGUGGUUUUGGCUUUCGGGAACUUCAUGAACAAAGGACAGCGGGGCAACGCAUAUGGUUUCAAAGUGUCCAGCCUCAACAAGAUCGUGGACACAAAGUCAAGUAUAGACAGGAACAUCACCAUGUUGCAUUACCUGAUCAUGAUCUUUGAGAAGAAUUACCCUGACAUCCUCAAUAUACAACAGGACUUAUUCAGUGUACCAGAAGCUGCCAAAGUCAAUCUGGCUGAGCUGGAGAAGGAAGUGUUCAGCAUCAGGAACGGCCUGAAAGCUCUGGAGGCGGAGUUACGAUACCAGCAGAGCCAAGCAUGUGAUCGGGGGGACAAGUUCGUCCCAGUGGUCAGUGACUUCAUCACCGUCGCUAGCUUCAGCUUCUCUGAACUCGAGGAUCUACUCAAUGAAGCCAAAGAUAAGUUCUCCAAGUCUCUGAAGCAUUUUGGAGAGGAGGAAGGUCGCAUGCAGCCGGAUGAGUUCUUCGGUAUCUUUGACAUCUUCCUGCAGUCGUUCAGCGAGGCCCGACACGACCUGGAGAACAUGCAGCGACGCAAGGAGGAGGAAGAGCGGAGAAUACGCAUGGAGGCCAUGCUGAAGGACCAGCGGGAACGAGAGAGACGAGUGAAGAAAAGCGUGGGCGGCAGUGUGUCAGAGGAGGUGGGAGAGUUCGAUGAUCUCGUGUCGGCGCUUCGCUCAGGUGAAGUCUUUGACAAGGACUCGAAACUUAAACGCAACCGCAAGCGCUCUGUCAACCAGCUGGUGGAUGGAGGGGGUCGUGAAAGACCAGUCACCAAGGUGAACUAUUGACCCCAGUCAAAAGGAGACCAGACUUCCUACAUUCACAGACUGACGGGGAUCUCUCCUGAAAUGUUGUACGCUGCCCUAUAUUUGACAUUUUUGCUCAUGGACAGGCUCACUGUAAAAUAUUCUGGACAUAUGUGAAGGAUAUCUCUCUUGUUUCUGCUUCUCAGUCUUCCUUCUUUUCAUGUACACUCAAACCAACAUCUUGCUGGUUUUUGUGGCACAACCUGAUGUUCAAUAAGUUCAAGAAGAGCAAUCUCACAAUACAAGAAGGAUCACUUGUCAACCACCCAAGGUUAUUGUCCAUUCCCUUGGAGAUCGAAAGAAAGUCCCACUUUUUUGGAAGUCUGGUACCUCGAAACUUCGGAUCCAACUGUGCUUUUUGAUCUAAAGGACGCAGCUGGUGCUUCUUAAACAUGAAAAUGCCGAUAAAAAAGGAAAUAGAUGUUGGGAUUGCCACAUAUGAAAUGUAACACUGUGGAUGCAGCCUUACAGGUUGGGAUAGUCCUUCCCCAAGUGCCUCAACACUCCUGGAUGGAGAGAAUAACACUUAAAGUGGAAGAAUAAUACAAAACCGGAAGAAUUAUGACAUUAUGAAUGCAGAAAUUCGAGCUCCUUUACAUACAUUGUGUCAAACAGUUAAAAGAGCCCAUAGGAUUUAUAUGUCGAAGCAAACCCGCUCUCAUAUUUCAUGUUUUUUUUUUUUUUUUUUGUCUUUUUCUUUGAACGCUUCAAGGUACACCAAAGUAACACAAUAAUGCAUCUCCAUCAGGUUGUUACCGGAAUACUUUUGUGGCCUUGAAUCGGUCAUAAAUGUCCCAGCUUUCAUCCAAACCGCUCUUCUGGGAAGGAAGGGACAGUGACGUUUGGUUUAAACUUUAAAGAAGUGGUUAGUACACCGUGUGUCUUUUUCAGGUUGACAUACUGAACCUUUGGGCCUUGAUUAUAUUACACAGAAUGAUGCCUCACAUAUAUCUAAAUGUUUAUUGAGAAACACUAGGUACACUGCUAUUUUCCACGUCUGAAAAAAGAAAGAAAGUCGUCUCCUAGAUGUCAGACUUGAUCUCGAGGACAACAUUACGUAACCCACUUUGGUUUUCUUGUUUAUUAUAUAUUGUGCAUAUUUUUUUUAAACAUGUAUAUAAAGUAGCUGUAGUCAGGACAAAGGUUGCAGUUGGCAUGAAAUGGCAGAGAAAAGACACUGACAGACAUCUGAAGAAGAGAUGUAGGGUCCACUGAGCUACGAGCUGUUUGUCGGCCUCCUGUCGUCGGCCCAUAUGGGGUCACAGCGGGCGUUCUGUAUAAUUCGAUUGUGUUGAUCUUUUAAGAGACGGUUAAAUAUGGACACAAAUGGUGCUAAUUGGUACAGCCAUCUCUGCGCCCCCUGACCCAGCUUAAGAAACAAGAUGGCUGUCUGUCUGUAUGAGAGAAUGGGCUUUGGUAUAUCCAUAUUUCGGGAUAAUUUAUUAACAGUCUAAAAAAGUGCCAUUACAACGGGCCAGUGCUGUCAUUCUCUCUUUCCUCACUUGCAUCAGCUCAUUAUGUGUACUUAUUAUUUAGAUUUAAUAAUUGAAAGGUGUAUAUUUAUGUAUAUUUUGUCAAUGGUGUACCUAUAUACCAAAUUGCAGUCCCGUCUGGUUUGUGAGUAAUCACUUAUUAUGAGUCAGUGUGAUGUGUUUAACAGUUAAAAAGAGCACAGAGCAUUUAGAAAAAGACAAUUAUUGCCUAUUUAAAUCUGAACGUUUCAGUUAGCUUUAACUGUAAUUAGUUUAAUUGCACUUCCCCGUGGAGAUCUUCCGGCAAAGUCCUAAAGCUUGAGCCGAUUCAUUUGAGAUCACGCACAAUUAGGAAUGUGGGUUUGCACAAUUUACCGAAAUGAAUACGAUGGCAUUUACUUUUUUAUAUAAUCUUACAUUUGAUUAAUUAUCUAAAAAAAAAAAAAAGAUCCCCUUGCCAAAUGAAUAUCGGGGUGUUUUGGGCUAUUUUAUUUCCUUUACGUCUUUAUUGUUCUCGUCAUGGUUUUUGCAGACACCUUUCCAGAUCCACCGAGUAUUCAAAUCUUCAGUAUUAUUAUUAUUUUUUUUGUAUGUAUGUAUGUAUGUAUGUAUGUAUAUUUGGUCAUUGAUUGUCCAAAACAGAAAGGAAAAGAUGUAGCUAUAGUUGCUUGAUGCACUUUCUUGUAGGACAAACUUUUCCUGCACCACAAACCCGAGGAGCCAAAGGCUGAUGAAAAAUAUGAAAAUUGAAGUAUAUUUUUGUAGUUAAGAAAUCAGGCCUUAGUAAAUAUGUGUAAAUGUAUCCAAUAAUCCAAGUUCCAUUGUUUUUUUUUUGUUUUUGUUUUUUUGUUGGAUUGAAUAUUGAUAGAUAUGAUAUGGGCCGUGAUAUGAAGGGUAAAGAAAAUUAAUUAUCUUCUAUAGAUGUUAUAAUGAAUGACAGUCUGCAUCUGAACACAGCAAGAAAAACUGCCUAAAUGUAUCACUCACUUUUAUAUCUAGAUAUUUUUGAAAGAAUGUUUUGCCUCACACUUCUGCUUGGUCCAAUAAUGCACUUGAUGUUUUCCCUAUUGGCUCGAGUUGUGCAUAGGUGUGUUUCUUCGAUAAUACCGGUGUAUUAUUAUCAUUUUCUGUGACAUGAAACGCUCCACCCCUGGUUUUGAGGUUGUAAUUGUGACUGAUUUGACACAAUAGAUGUAUAGUUCUCAAAUCUUUUGUACACCAUUAUAGAAACCAGAAAAGGUCAAAUUAAAGUCUGAAGAAUG